AAGUGCUUGUUUUGAUCUUGCAAGAAAUGGAGCUUCAGCAGCAAGUGAAUCUUGAGAUGCAACAUAGUUAUAAUACCAACAACAGCGUAAUUGCGAACUCUUUAACGCAAGAAUUUGUGCAUGAAUCCAGUAGUCAUCAAGGACCAUCUUUUGAUCAAUCAAAUUGGGGAGAUAUAAAUUUUCCUCAGUUCCAUCAUCAAUUUGAUGAUCAUCACUUUCAAGCUCCAUUGCAUACCGAUACGUUUCCUUUACACACUUCUUCAAUUUCCUUCACAAACACAACUCAUAAAUAUUCAGAUUCCACAAGGGACUUACAUACAGCAGAUGGUGCCUCAACUUCAACUGCAAUCUAUGAUCCUUCUUUAUUUCCUUUGAAUCUUCCCCCAAAUCCCCCUUUAUUGAGAGAAUUAGUCCACUCUUUGCCACAUGGCUAUGGCUUGGGAAGCUCAAAUUUUGGCUCUCUUUUUAAUGGUAUGGAGAUACAUGUGAGUGGUGAUUUAUACCAAGAUGCAGGGGACGGAAAAUGUCCUUUUGAGAAUGGAAUUUUUGAGUUUUCUGCAGAUACGAGUUGUAUGACAAAAGAUAGGGACAAUAAAGAGAUCAAGCAUUUUGCUACUGAUAGGCAAAAGAGAGCGCAUUUGAAUGACAAGUACAAAGCUUUGAGAAGUUUGGUUCCCAACCCCAGCAAGAAUGAUAGAGCAUCAAUUGUGGGGGAUGCUAUUAUGUACAUCAAUGAGCUGAAGAGGACAGUAAAUGAGCUCAAAAUUAUGGUGGACAAGAAAAUGUGCUGCAGAGACAGAACCAAGAGGCAAAACAUAGAAAGUGGUCCCAUGAAUAGUGCUGAUGUGAAGCUUAGGAAUGAAGUUGAUCCAUCUUCAUUAAGAAGCUCGUGGCUUCAGAGGAAGACCACCAAUACUGAAGUUGAUGUCCGGAUCGUGGACGAUGAAGUCACUGUCAAACUUGUCCAGCAGAAGAGAAUCAAUUGUCUUCUCUUUGUAUCUAAGGUCCUAGAUGACCUUCAACUGGAUCUUCACCAUGUUGCUGGCGGACUUAUUGGCGAUUGUUACAGCUUUUUGUUUAACUCCAAGAUUUGUGAAGGAUCUACUGUGUAUGCAAUUGCUAUUGCAAACAAGCUCAUUGAGAUUGUGGACAUUCAGUAUACAGAAACUUCACCAUGUAAUACCACUUCUAUUCCUUUACAAGAUUGUCAGAGGCUUCUAUACAAAUGAAACCUUAGGUUACAUGAAUUGUACAUGUACUGCGUUUCCUCUAGUGUCAGUGGGUGAUGAGUUCUUGAAGUUCUACAGAAGGAAUGGUUCUCUUGAAUUCAAUAGAGUAGAUGAAAUGGCUGAAUGAGUUUAAUAUAAAUUAAAUGUAUCUGAUAAAAAGCGUUACGAUCCAUAGAAAAGAAUGAUCUCCAUAGCAACAUAUCUG